AAGAGUAUGACGCGGCGCUAGUGACGCGAAACUAGUGACGCCGCGCACGUUGCAACCAACGUCGUUGCUGCAACCCCCGCUGACGUUUUCAUCCCAGCUACCUACCGAAUUACUAAUUUAAUCUACGCAGAAAUAACAUCGCACUAAUUAUUUAGGGUAUGAAAAGUCAGUGUCUCGAUAUUCGCGCGGCAAAUUCAUGAUACUAAAAUAUAGAGGAAAAAAAAAAAACUGCUUGGCACAUCGGAGGCUUUUGUAGCCGGUGAUUAGAUGGAACCGUACUAAACCGUUCUUCGGUUGUUUUUGUCACAAUGAACUACCGGUAGAUUUAUCCAAAUUCGAUGUUCGAAUAAUUAAUUUGAUUCCAUUACGUACGCACACGUUAUAAAUUCGGUGUAGAUUAUCUACGGUAAAGGAUUAAGGGUGAUCAGAAGGAGGAGCAGCAACGGUGGCAGCCGUAGCCGCAGCAGGAGCAGGGUAUUGAAUAAUAAUAAAGAGGGCAAAGAGAAGAAAAAAAAAAAAUCUAAAAAAGAGAAAAAAAAAGAAAAAAAAUAAGCUAGAAGUUUGUCAGAUCGAGUAGCGUGCUCCGGGUUUUCGCAGGGCGCCAUGUGGUGGUUUCGCCUUAGUCUUCGCCUUCGGAUGUCGCCGCGGAGCGUCGAGAGUCGCCACUGCCUCCGCUAAAAAUGGCAGCACUCGGUGGCUUCUCGCAGGAUAAUUUUUGCCGAAGACCUAAAAAGAAAUCUACCAGUUGACAGUUGGGCGCAGGGACGACCGGCGCACGUGGCCGAGCGCGAACCGAGCAAGCUGGUAACGUCGAACGUCGUUGUGUCGUUGUCGUCGUUUUUCGUUUGCGUAGUGCAUCGCGUGCGUGUUGCGUUCCUAAAAUUCCUCAUUACUUCACACUUAUACUUUUUAAUUAAAUGUGCGUGUAGUUACAUCACAGUGAUUGUGUGUUUUUAUUAUCAAAAUAAAUAAGAGAAUAAGUAAUUAAUGAUGUGGUCAGUUCUUAAUCGGGCGUACGUUCAUCUUUCGGUGUGUAUACGAUGAGAAAAGAAAUAAUUACGAGUGCAUUCUUCGGAUAUUAGUGAAUGAAAAGGAAAAAAGAAAAAAAAGAAUAAACGAAACAAUUAUUUUUAAAUAAUCUAACGUCUGUAAUAACAAGUGACAACUUCCAACAUGCCAAAUUCCGAAUAUAAUUAGUAAUCUUAGUUACAGUGCUUAUUUUUGAAGUGGGUGUAAAAUUUUACCCCCGUGAUAAUUAACGACGAGAAAUUAACGUGCUGCGUAUAAAAAAAAUUCCUUUCUUCUAUUUAUCUUUGUUGAUUUUAAUUUUUUGUUUCCAAAAUUUUAUCUCGAGGAAAAUAGAGUCGGCGCGGUCGCGGGCGUGUUAAUAAUCCCUGUUGUGUUAUUACAGGUACGAUUUUUCAACGUAACAAAUAGAUAUAUAUCGAAAGUUUGACGUGCAGCAGCAGCAGCAGCAUCAGCAGCCUCCGAGCCCAUUGGGCAUCGCAUCGCAUUACCGGAGUCAGUCAGUUAGUCAGUCAGUCUAGUCGGCUCGGUUUUAUAUGAAAGUUCUCGCCGCGAUGUGUUCCUUGUUUUGAUUUGUUGUCGCUGCUAGUCAAUUGAGAAACUUACGAGGGAUUCGUUGGUAGUUCUCAGUUCGUUAACCGCGGCGAAAUCGUGUUUUAUAUCGUUAUUUCGAUGAUAACCUAUUGAGAAACAGUGUUUCGAGUGCGGUGAUAAUUUAUUUUCGGUAUAUUUGAACUGCGAGUAGUAUUUUACUCGCGGAGUUAUUUUGAUUACGGUGGUGUUUACUUACUUGCUCUAGCCUCACAUACAACACUGGCAUGUCUCCCUCCCUCUCUUAAGGGAGUCUUGUGUUUGGAAUGUCGCGAAAUUUUAGCAGCAACUCAACAACGUGACGAUAAAAGAUGAAUGAAAAACGUCACAAAGUUCGGAGCACCGACGAUCCGUGGGAUACGAAAAAAGUACGUUAAUUACAAUGAUUUAUUGUGAAAGUGAUGUGAAACUAUUUAAUGUGAUACGUUAGCAGCGGAUCAUCGUUGCAUCGUCCGUAGUGUAUAAAGAAAAGGAAGAAACGUCGAACGAAAAAUAUAAUUAAUCCGAAGGUGAAAAAAAAAGAAAGAUAAAAGUACAUGUGAAAUUAAAAUAUUGGCGUGAAUACUAAAAACCGUGACGACUUUAUGAGGGGUGAAAAAAAUGCCGGCAACAAGAUUGAAUUUGUUUUAUUAUAGGUUCGGAAUAUUUAUUGUUUUUUGAGAUUUUAGCCAGAUGGAAAAAUAUCGCGAACUUACAAAGGAACAAUACAUGAUUUAUAAAUGUUUAAAUUCAAAGUGUACCGAGUAUUCUGUACCGCAGAAAUCCAACGCUCCCUCGAGGUUAGGUCGCCGGUACAUAACCUCUACCCUAAUCAUCGUCGACGAUCAUUCGAUCGUAAAUAAAUAAUUUUGUGGGAUAUAUUUAACAAUCAGAGACUGUUAUUACGGAAUGAAUGCAUUGCUGACCAAAUAAUGAAGGCGAAUGGAACGAACAAUGGCUGUAGCCGCCUAAAUACGCCACUGGCUGCAACCACCACCCUGGAAGAUCCAGGGACUCCUGCCUCCUGGAAGGGCCCGCCGCCCGGCUCGGAGGCUUCGCCCUACACGCCAAACUCAGUCGGUCAAGGACCAGGACCUGGUUCAGGUCCUUACAAUAACUCGGGAGGUCCACCGAGCAAUACGGGAGGUUUUCAGGGUCCUAGCCCGUUCCCCGGUGGGGCGGGCAGUCCAGCAGGGGCUCCACCUUAUCAAGGACCCCCUCCAGGUUCGGGAACACCUCAAUAUACCGCGUCUCCUGCACCAAGUGGUUCUUCGACCCCGGGCCCUGUGCCACCCCCAAAUUCUGCGGGCUUUCCUCCCCCACCGAACAAUUCAGGCCCCCCUUACAAUGGCCCUGGCCCGAGUCCAUUCGGAUCUCCUUCUGGAGGUCCACCGCAAUUUGUGGGACGACCGGGUUCGUCCGGACCUCCCUUUGUGCCCCCCGGUGCAGGAAACCCCCAUUUUCCAUCUCCGGGACAACCUUUUGGAGGACCGCAAUAUGGAAUGCCACCUGGAAGCCCUUUUGGACCCGGUGGACAUCCCAUGGGUGGGCCUAUGGGCCCUGGACAUCCUGGAAUGAUGGGACCUGGUGGCCCCGUUGACAGGAUGGACCAAGGAUCGUUGCCUGUCCCCAGGAGGCACACCCCGUACUUUGGCCAGCCUGACUACCGCCUCUACGAGCUCAACAAGAGGUUACAGCAGCGGACAGAGGAAAGCGAUAACCUUUGGUGGGAUGCGUUCGCGACCGAGUUUUUUGAAGACGAUGCGACGCUCACACUCACCUUUUGUUUAGAAGAUGGACCCAAGAGAUAUACGAUAGGGAGGACGUUAAUACCCAGGUACUUUCGUUCGAUAUUCGAGGGCGGUGUUACGGAGCUUUAUUAUAAUAUGAAACACCCCAAGGAAUCGUUUCACAACACUAGUAUAACACUGGACUGUGAUCAUUGUGUCAUGGUAACGCAUCAUGGAAAACCUAUGUUCACUAAGGUCUGUACAGAGGGUAGGCUAAUAUUGGAAUUUACGUUCGACGACCUGAUGAGGAUAAAGUCGUGGCAUAUGUCGGUGAGAACGCACAGGGAACUUGUACCGCGAUCCGUUGUCGGUAUGCACACGGCGCAACAAGAUCCUACGAUGCUUGAACAGUUGAGCAAAAAUAUAACGAGACAAGGCAUCACAAAUUCCACCCUCAAUUAUUUAAGGUUAUGUGUCAUCUUGGAGCCGAUGCAGGAACUGAUGUCUAGGCAUAAGGCUUACGCGUUAUCGCCCCGUGAUUGUCUGAAGACAACGCUCUUCCAGAAGUGGCAGAGGAUGGUUGCCCCGCCGGGUAAGAGAGAAUCACAAAGGCCAGCGAAUAAGAGAAGAAAGCGAAAGGCUAGUACGUCAGGACCAGGAAAUAACGCACCACCUGCACCUAGUAAAAAAAGGUCCCCAGGACCCAACUUCUCGCUAGCGUCUCAGGACGUCAUGGUUGUCGGUGAGCCCUCAUUGAUGGGUGGAGAAUUCGGGGAUGAAGAUGAACGGUUAAUCACGAGAUUAGAAAAUACGCAAUACGAUGCGGCUAACAGUUUAGAUCCCCAUAGUCACGAUACGUCCGGAGGUCCACCACCGCAUCCGCACCAGUUUCAUUCCGAGCCAAAUGCCGGAAACUCUUGGCCCCCAGACCGUGGUCCAGGACCACCACAAGGUGGCCCAGGAAACCAGGGAGUCCAGGGAUCGCAAGGUGGUGGCGGAGCGGGAGUUCAGGGUUCGCAAGACGCCAAUCAACAACAGCAGGACAAAAAAAGCCCCGCUGUGAGCCAGUGAGGCCAGGAGUCCCCGCGCCCCCCCACCAGGGGGCGACGGGGGCGCAAGCCCAAGAACAUGGCUCCCUAGCGGGGCGAGAAUCUUAACAUCCCUCCUUCCUAUCUAGGUCCUUCUCAUCGCCUGUCACAGGUCGGUGUUCUCCCGCCACUUCCUCCUCAUCCUCCGCCCAACCUUCCCUCCAUCCCGGAAAACCAUCCGCCUCCACAUCCUCCUGCCAUGGAAAUUGGAGCUCCGGGAUUGGCUCAGGUUCAACAAGAAUUGCUCGCCGAUUCAGGGCCAGGUACGAUGUUGUCGCCAUCUGCUCAGCCCGCUGGUGGGGGUUUGACGCAGCCAGUUCAGCAAGGUCAAGUCCAGGGUCAAGGUCAAAAUCAGGCCCCUCUGCAGAGUUUGGUGCAGCAACUACUCUAUCUACAACUUGAGUAUUUAUUGGCGCAGCGAGGUCCUGUCUGAUUCAAGAACUAUGCUCGCUCUGCAUCAAGUUUUGAGGCUUGGACAACCAACCGAGUGAAACUUUUAGCGAGCAUGCAUGUCUUCGUAACUUGUUCGAUAUUCCCUAUUACGACGAAUGUCUGUUGAUGAAAAAUUGAAAAUAAUAUGCUUUUAAUCAUUGUGACCAAGAGAAGAAACUUUCGAAGGUAGAAGUGCUUUUAAAAAAUUCUAUGCAGUUCAAAAUUUUUCACUGCUAAUUUUCUCUUCGAUUUUAACAAUUAUUUGAUUAUUGAUCCUCAUCGAUUAUGGCUUGUUAUCUAGUUAUUGAGUUACCGGUCGCGUUGAGGGUGGGGCGCAAUAAAAGGGACCAUCGGUUGAUCUCAUUAUUGGGUCCUUCUAUGAGUCGAAAACGUGAUAAAAAAAAAAUAUAUACUUAUGCAUAGUCAAUUCUUUUAAACUUUUAAAGUUUCGUAAAUCGUCUUCCUCAAUCUGAUUGUGUGGAAAAAAUCCUCUGUAUUAUUGAUACGCGAAGCCUGAAUGUACUGCAGAAAGGUACGAGUUACGAGAGAUACAUGCUUGCGAGCGACGAUGUACAUGCCUGGUCGAUUAAUAAUCUAGCAGCCUGGCCUUUUAUGGAGAUUGUAAAUGGUGCUUACUCUAUAAACUCUACUGCUUGGAGAUGAAAUUCAAAGACAGGUAGUGAGGGUAAGCUAAUUCUAGCGUGUGAUAAACCCGAAAAGUGACUCAAGUGACAAAAAAUAAUGCACGUCGCAGAGACGAUUCCCGCUCUGACGCGAGCUGUGAAUGAAUCUCUUAUCCGUCAACAGUAUUGAUAUAAUUAUAGAGUAAAUAAAUAUAAUAUCGUAAGAGAUUUAGUGUAAGUGUGUAUUGUGAGCGCGAGAAUACGAGCGAAAGAGAAAGAGAGAGAGUAAGUUAGUAAGAAAACAGAGAGUUGCAUAAUUUUCGGAGUUCUUGGCAGAGUGCAACCACCCAAAUAAUGACACUAGGCCCAACACCCGUUAGGUCAUGCUGCCAAAAAGAAGAUAAAACGACACAGUGAAGUAUAAAAUCCAGCUCCGAUGAAUCUUAUCCCUUUUUUUCUGUUUAACGAACUACAAAAACACGAGGGUAUUUUACGUUAGUAUAACCCUUUUCUUAGGGAUCAGGUGAUCGCAAUCUUAACUAAAAGUAAAUAAGUGAAAAUAAACAAGUGUGAAAGUGCAUUAAAAAAAAAAAAAAAAAAAAAACGAAAAGAGAAAAACGAAAAAAAUCAGCAUGUUUUAAACUCAACAGUAAGACAUCGCAAAGUGGCAGCAGGCAUUAUUAGUUCAUACUAUCUCACCACACUUGCCCAUUUUAACAAUGAAUUUUUUGCAUCUACAAUGGACAAUGUUUAUAUGGAUCAUUCAUUUUAAAUACACCGGUACGAAUUGCUGGGUACUAUGGAAAAUAUAUAAUAAUCACAAGACAUUCAACUGGUCAUGGUAAAUAGCUUUUGUACAGGUGUAGAACACACUGAUAGGUAUGUUUAAACAGUAAUGGUACAUCAAUGUGGUGACCCAAUACAUUCAUCACGAAUCCAUACACACGUUAUAAAUAUUAUUUAUGCAAAGUUCCUUGUGAGUUAUAUUGUAUAUUAUGUAUAUGUUCCUUGUUGUAUUCGUUCCUAUUCUUUUUUUUUUUUACUAUUGGUGACGCGUUGUAUUCUCAGUUUUACUCAACUCUUAUUACCCUCUUAGUUUGCAUCGGUCAGUGAUUUAUGCUAAGAAAAUGUAAACGUAAUAGUGAAAUAUAUCUGAUCUGUUCGACAUUUGAAAAAUCUAAGAUCGCGCAAAUUUACUAAUUCGCUUUUGCUAUGAAGAUUCGCUUUAUUAUUUUUAUAUCCGACCGAAAGACAAUCAGGUUUUUUUGUUCAAGAUUUCUACAAGCUUUCCCAGUAGAAACCGGAAAUUAAAUAUAAAGUUGACUUCUAGUUCAGUGUGAAUCUUAAAUUAAAAUGUGGAACAAAUUCACAUCAAUAUUUGACCUCGAAUAUUCCAUCUAUCUACACUAACAUUUUAACUUUACUGUCUGUCCAAUUGGGUCACCACAGUGAAAAAAUUAACGAAAUGAACCCCACUACAUUUUAAUCCACAGACACCGUCCGGAUCAUUCAAAGAUUUGUUCACGUGCUCAUUGACAGAAAACUAUCUGUUCAUAAUUUGUCAAUUGGAUAUUAUUUUCCGAAUAAUUAGAUGCAUCACAAAUAAUAGCGCUAUUUUUAAAUACUCACUUCCUAUUAUCACUUUUAUUCGAUGUCGAAACAAUUAAAUAUUUCCUUCGGCUGGACAAAAUUCUAAAUUAUGUACCACGAGUUGAGAAAUCAUACUAUCCGAUACGGUAAUAUGAACGAAAUGAUACUCUGAUAAUUUUUUAGGAUGAUCGUGAAAAGAAAUUUGCACAUGUUUACAUGUAAUGUACAAAAAUCAUCACUUUUUCAAAAACAUCACCGACGCCCCGAGACACGAAAAUAUGUAUGUACAUAUAUUAUACAUAAAUACACGUACGCAUCGGCUCAUCACAUAUUAUGUCAAACAUACCCACAUGCAUACAUAAGAUACAUAUAUCUCUCCCUCGUAGCAACGUUGUUGCAUAUCCUUUUUAAUUACAUAUGUAUAAAAAAAUAUAUAUACAUACAAGCCAACGUAGAUAUAGUACAUGCAGAAGAAUAAGGGAAAAUCACAUAUUAUUGAAUUAAUAAAGCAAAAAAAUAUCUUUGAAUAAACAAAAACCACUGUACACCCACACACAUACACACACAUACACCCUUUUUCAUGAAUUAUUUGGAUAAGCCACGUGUGAAGCCAGUACAGUCCCACAGAGCGAGUGUGUGAAAGUAUAAAUAAUGAUGAUAAUGAUAAUAUUGAUAAAUAAAUAAACAAAAAAUUAAUAAUAUUAAUAAUAAUGAUAGUAAUAAUAAUAAUUAUAAUUAUAAUAAUGAUAAUGAUAAUAUUAAAAAUAAUAAUUAUUAUAAUAAUUAUAUUAAUAUUAAAUAAUGAUGAUGAUAAUAUUAAUUAAAAAAAAAUAACAACAACAAACAACAAUGGUAUGAGUGCAAGAGAGAAUUACGAAUGAAGAUCAAGAUGAGAUUUGUGGGUUCUAGGAUAAAUGAUUUAUUGACAAAUGUUGUAUAUUAUUACGAAUUAUAAUAACACUAUUACAUUUAAUUAAUUAUUAUAUACUAUAAUAAUGUGAAUUGAAUUUAAAGAAGAAAAAAAAAUACAUAAAUAAUAAGUAAUAGGAAAUUUUUAAUUGUUAGCAAAGCACACAGAGCCGACAUUACAAGAAUUUAGUUUAAAAUGCAAUAGAUGCAACUGAUCCACUUGGAGGACAGACGGCGCUAAUGUUAGCACUGGAAAAUGUUAAAUUGUGAACUGCUGAGUACGUUGCGAGCCGCGCAUUCCCAAAGUUUACCGAUUUUAUGCAUCUAUGGAAGAAAAUAUAUGUUUACAUAUAAAUUUCAAGUAUAUCAUCCCCGUGUCACACAAUACACGGUUUGUAUCAAAUGCCAGGCAAGAUUUUUGAUUAGUUUCAAGUAAUAAAAAUUCAAAGAAUUUUAAUCAUUCUAGAAAGACCGAUGACUUUUUGUUUUACGGUAUGUAAUAUAUUCGUUCGGUUCUUCAGAAUCAUGUAAAGUAAAACUGUUGUUUAUUUGAGUGGAACUGUUGUAAUAAAAGUUGUAAUUAAUCGAAGUAAACAGAGAUGCACGUAUAAUGUAUAUUGUAUUUUUUUCUUACAACCGUUCCAUUCUCAAAACUUAAUUACGAAGAAUUUACUUCCCAUUAAUCAAAUCUGUUAAUUUUUUUUUUGUUCUUCUCUUUUGCUCCAUUUCUUCAAAGGAUUAUAGGUUUUUAUUUUGUUAUUUUAAUUUUCCCGCGACGCCUGUUUUGUCAGUGCUUUUUAAAUGCAAUUAGUCGAAUCGGGACUCUCUCUCCACUUCCCUAGCUGCAUAAAAACGAUUUUUAUACAACUUUAGAAAUGUGUUUCGUUAAAAUAAAUCAUGCAUAACGGUGUGAGAUGGACGUAUCCGCGGAAAUACGAGUGAAAAAAAAAAUCAAAAACACUCAUACAUGUAUAAUAUAACGCAACCUUCAAAGACUGUAUAUCUAAAAUUCAUAAAGCAAGUCAAUCAUUUGACAUUAAUUUUCAUUACAUGAAAUUAAAACACAGUAUCAUCAAACAAGACUCCCGACGUUCUUCUCACACCGAUGCGAUCGAUAUUUAGCCCAAGAAUCGGAAUCAUACAAACUAGUUUUUAAAUAUGUAAAAUAAUGACAAUUAUGAUUAGUAGAAAUAUUGAAAGUAUAAAUUGUGGUGGUGACAAUUUAUCACGUGGAAAGCUUAGGGUCGUGUAUGAAACUGCAACGAGGCCGCUUCAUUUGGAAUGCAAUUGAUUUAUCGCACAUUUUAUCAGGUAGGGGAUUUUCGAAUGCCUUUGUUCCUUUUCUUUUUUUUUUUUAACCCUUUUUAUUAAUUUUCAUAGUAAAUGUCGAAUUGGGUCGAACACCGAGUGUGUUUAUUAUAUAUGAAACGUAGGUGAUUCGAUGCGAAUAAUUGAGAAAAUCAACCGAAAAUCUAUUCACCUGUCCGCCAUGUUUUAUAUCUUACAAGUAUCGAGUCAAAAUUGAGAGAAUUGAAAACAAAAAAAAAUUAUUGCAUCGAUUAAUCUAAACACGUGCUCGUUAGAUUUGGAAUUUGUAUUGUUUUUGUUCAAAUUACAUCAAAAGAGUAAUCGAAAAAAAAGAAUAAAAAUAUCGUACUGGAGAUUAUAUCAUGUUGUCACGUCAUCGCAUUGGUCUAUCGUGAUGGUAUCAGAAGGAUUAUAAAUAUUCGAAUCCUGGAAAUCCGUGCGGAACUUUUGCGUGUGUAAUAACAUUGUUGCUUUACGGUUUAUUCCACCUCCAGUAUCAUAUUUUACUUUUCUUCCUUUUUUUUCACCCUGUUGUAUAUAGACUCUGAUGAAAUUUGAACAAUGAAAAAAAGAAAAAGAAGAAAAAAAAAUCAGAAAGAAAUGAUCGUUGAUCAUACUUCCAGGUAAUGGUAUAAAGAGAAAUUCCUUUACGUAUAUUGUAAACUGGUUAAAUAUUGAAGAAAAAAAUUACUAAUAAUAAUUCGGUUAUAUAUAGCAUUUUGUAACAUUUUAAAUGUUUAAAUAAAAUGCGGUGUAUAUGUAAUAUAAUUGAAAGUAAUUCCUGUUUAUACCACCCCUCCAUUAAAAUUGAAUGCUACAACACGUUAUUUUCCAAAAUGUCUAGAUUGUAUAUUUGUUUUGUCAAAAUUUGAACGAAAGUUGAUCUCGAUAAAAAAAAAAAAAAACUACAAUUUUGAUAUUCUAGUCGGAGUGUUCAAAGAGUGUUCCCUUUUUUUUUUAAGGAUUCCAGUCUGUUUGCUCGACUUUGAACCUAUUAAUCAACUACAAGAGAUGCGUGCGAAUUAUGUGAACAUCAUUGAGAUGAGUAUUUGGAGAAAAACUGAAUUGGUCGUAGAAAAAAAAACUGAAUUGAUCAUAGAAGAAAUAACAAAAUAAAAUAGCCUCCCGCGAUUCAAUAUCGGUGGAUUGUUAGUGUCCAGUCUCUGCCGUAUAAUAAUAUCCAGAUCAGAGUUGUGAGCUAAAAUUAAAAAUCGAUGUAGCUCAAUUCGUGCCGACAUUUUUAUCUGAGAGUCUCCUGUAGUCUCUAAUUGUAAGAAGGUGAUUAGAAUAAUCUAAUUUGAUAACAGAGCUGGGAGGUUUCAUUUGAAAAAUAUGAAAUCAUUUUGAUUGAAAGUCGGUCUACACAUCCCUUGUGAUUAUUAUUUGCAAGUAGAGGAAGUUCAGUGUUCAAGCUUAGUUGUAAUUUAUGGAGAAAUUUAUUGUUACGGACGUGGUAAAAAAAAAAAAAAAUCUGAAAAUAA